UUUCUUCACCCAAACUUGAAGCUGAAGUCUUGACUGUCUUAUAAAAGCCUCCUGGGCCGGUAACCAUCAUGAGUGCUGAUUUCUAGCUAAGGCUCCACACUUGAACACUGAGUGAGGAUAACGUGAAGUUGAGAAGAUGCCUACACUGGAAGAUCACCUGGUGGGCAUCAUCAACAUCUUCCACCAGUACUCAGUUCGGUUGGGGCAUCAUGACACCCUCACCAAGAGUGAGCUGAAGUUGUUCAUUACAAGGGAACUUGCAAACAUCAUCAAGAACAGCAGUGAUCCAGCUACAAUCAACAAAAUAUUCCAGGAGCUGGAUGAAAAUGGAGAUGAUCAGAUCAACUUCAGGGAAUUCUUAUUCCUGGUGGCUUCUGUGUUGGAGACUGCCCACGAUAACAUCCACAAGGAAUAGAAGGCUCUCUGAGGUCCUUUUCACCAGCAAGGUCCCCAAGAUGUUUUCUUCCUCUCACCAAAGCCCUGCCUUACCUGGGGGAGUGUUGAGUUAAUAAAUUCACCUGGGAAAAGUUGUGAAUGG